AACGUUUCGGUCAAGGUGGAGUGUGAGUUGUGUGUAUGGACCGCGGUGCGUCUGUGUCUGGGGUUGCGAAGGAGACAUUACUUUGCAGAGGACAAAGUAGUGUGCUAACGAAUUCUAGUCUCCGAGCAAGCCCUGAAGCUUCUGUACCUGAGAGCUCCGUCUUCUGAUUGUCGCACAUUGGGGAAAUUCUGUUCUCCUCCGUUGCAGCGGCCGAAUCGGCAACUGGCAGUUCAACUGACGUAAUGUUCGACGCAGCGUGAGCACCUAUCACAUUUCAGCGACGGUUUCUCGACAGGACCGAUCGCUUUCCGUGGCCAGAGCAGAAUUUGAUCGACCAGUAUCAUCUCAUCAAUGUGCCAGAAAAACUGUCGCGGUGAUUGCGACUGUGAGUCUCAGCCCAUGGGGGGUGGGCAACGCGGAACGAAAUGCGAUGUUCGCAUUUUGCUCGUGGGGGAGCCCGGAGUCGGCAAGACAUCUCUCAUCCUCAGUUUAGUGGGUGAGGAGUUUCCCGAGGAUGUACCCCCGCGAGCCGAGGAGAUCACCAUACCAGCCGACGUGACGCCCGAGAAGGUUCCCACUCAUAUCGUCGACUUCAGUAACCAGGAACAGUCGGCAGAAGAGCUGUCAGAAGAAAUUCUAAAAUCAAAUGUCAUCUGUAUCGUGUACUCGGUCGUCGACGAUGACACCAUCGACCGCAUCACCGAUUACUGGCUCCCUCUCAUCAGGAGAGUCCUGGGAGAAGAGCACAGCACUCCCGUCGUCCUCGUCGGGAACAAAGUCGACCUGGUCGAGUACUCCUCGCUCGAGCUUAUUCUGCCCAUCAUGAAUCAAAACCAGGAAGUGGAAACCUGCGUCGAAUGCAGCGCGAAAACACUGAAGAAUAUAUCCGAGUUAUUCUACUACGCCCAGAAGGCCGUCCUGCAUCCUACAGGACCUCUGUAUGUACCUCACGAGCGAGAACUGACGGACAAGUGUAAGCAAGCGUUGACGAGGGUUUUCCGAAUUUGUGAUUUCAAUAAUGAUGGAGCGCUCAACGAUUUCGAGCUCGACCGCUUCCAGCAGAAAUGUUUCAACACACCCCUGGAGCCUCAGGCCCUACAGGACCUCAAGGCGCUGGUUUCCCGUCAACUUCCCGAAGGUGUUCGAGAGAAGGAGGGAGAUCCGAAACAAGGAGGUCUGACAUUGGCGGGCUUCCUUUUCCUGCAUAAGUUGUUCAUUCAGCGCGGCCGUCACGAAACAACGUGGACGAUCCUCCGUAAAUUCGGUUACGACGAUUCUCUCUACCUGAGCAGAGAGUAUCUGUUCCCAAAAAUCCGAGUUCCUGCCGGAACGACGACCGAACUAACAGAGAAGGGCCACAACUUCCUGAAGAUGCUGUUCGAGAAGCACGAUCUGGAUAAAGAUGAAGCUCUGUGUCCAAACGAGCUCGAGCAGCUGUUCUCCGUCUGUCCGGUAGUUCCGUGGGGUCCGGAACUCAUCUAUACUGUGGCCACGAACGAGAGACGCUUCUUAACCAAGUCGGGUUAUUUAGCGAUGUGGACUUUGACAGCGGCGCUGGACGUUACGAAAGUGAUGGAAUAUUUCGCCUACCUUGGAUUCAUGUCUGUGACAAACGCUGAGAGUCAGCUCGACGCGGUCACCGUCACUCGUGACAAGCAGCUCGAUUUGCAGCUGAAGCAAACAAUGCGGAACGUUUUCCACUGCCGUAUCAUCGGUCCUCAAGGCGCGGGCAAGACGUCGUUCCUCCAAGGAUUUCUAGGUAGGACCGCCCAGGAAACAGAUGAGAUUCCCCGGGCGCAUCUGCCCCGCUACACGAUAUCCUCAGUGCCUGUUUACUCUCAGGAGAAGUUCCUGGUACUUCACGAAAUCGACAUAUUCAGCAUGCACGAUGUGCUUACGCCACCCGAACUGCACUGCGACGUCGUGUGUCUGUUGUACGACGCGUCGAAUUCCAAGAGCUUUGAGUACAUCGCCCGAAUAUAUAAGAAGUACUUUGAGAAGAGUCGAGUUCCGGUGCUUGUCGUGGCUUCUAAGUGUGAUCGGAGUCCGGUGAAGCAGGACUACUCGGUACAGCCAGAAGAGUUCUGCAAUUUGCACAAACUUCCGCCGCCCCAAAUGUUCACCACAACCCCCGCGACGGCCGGCGAGCCUGCGAAAGUAUCCCGAGAUAUUUAUAUCCGUCUCGCCACCAUGGCGGCUUAUCCAAAUCUCAAACGACUGGUCCAUGUGCUACAGAGCCGCCCCAGCUGGAUAGGGGAGUACACGAACCAGAUGAUGGAGCUGCCGCCCGAAGUCACCGCCUGGAUGAAGGUCGGCCUGGGGGCUGCGGCUGUAACAGUGAUGGGACUUCUACUCAUGAGAACCUUGAAGAACGCCAACACUGCGAACUGAGCUUGACACACAGCAUAGUGCAUGCGAUUCGAACUCCGUCUAGAAUUUCGGUCGUCAAAUGAUGAUGAUGAUGAUGAUCAGGAGAAGGAGGAAUUAUAAUCUCAGCGUGCUCAUUCGUUCGAUCCCUCGUGAUCAACCGAUUGAAUGGAGCGGAUCUGACACGAGCAAAAAACGAUCCUCUCAGCAGAAUGUAGUUCCUGCCACAGAUGUCAUCGCUUGAAAGUGAGAAAGAGAGUAUUUGCUCCUGGUGGUGAAGUGGCGGAUCCAGAAAUUCUGUCCCGGAAAACCCGGAGUGGCGUAGUACUUCUCCGAUCUUUUUCCGACUUGGGAACUCCACAAACAGCUCUACACUUAUGCGACAAACUUGAAGCGCUCCGCUCACUGAAACGAACACAGGCACACAAGAGACAGAAGCGAGACGAAUCGAACGUUCAUCGACUUCACCUUUAGACUUAUAAUUCACCAUUCGAACUUUUGGUUGCUUUCUGACUGGCGCUAAGACCGAAGAGGUCAUCGACUGCGGAAGGAACCAGAUGAAAGUUUAUUAAGUCAGGCUUGCUCCUGCUAGUUGUGUAAACCGAAUCUACGAUAGUUUAUCUUAGAAGCCAAGGCAACUUGAACAGGAUCGAGCAGCGCUCAAAAACGCCCCCAACGAGGAAUUCCGCGGUUCCUAUCGGAGCCGCCAUCGAACCAUGCGUUCAGGAGCUAGAAUCCCCCACAGAUGGACUUUCUAUGUGUUCAACUUCGUAGAAAACCGUAGAGCGAGUCAAUUACAAACGAUCAUUCGUUUAAGAAAUGUUCCUUUGUACUACACUGUAAAUACUGACAUUUAAAUA